CUCAAUGGGGCCGGAUAUUCCCCACAAAGUGGCACAACGUGGGCGGCGCGUCGAAGGAGAACGAUCCGCACCGCCGCGGCUCCGCGCAGGGAGUCAGAAGCUGGAUGUGGAGCUGUGGGCACGUCCACGGCGCAGCUACGGAGGCAAACCUGCGGAGCAAAGCGUGCGUGUAAAAGGGGAGUUUCGAUUCUGGGGGCCAGGCGUGAAGGUUUACGGAAGUGUCCGGUCGGUGCGCGUCUCUCCAAGGUGGAUUCGGUAACUGUAGCACAAACGUCUUAAUUUGAGCCGGUAGGAACCGAGCAGUAUUCAUCACUCGAAGAGAAGCUGAAAUACUCCUAUACUUUCCAUUAAAAUAAUCUAACAUCUGAUAUUGCCUUGGACACCUGACCGCUGUGUUUUUUUAUUUUAUUUUUUUUUAUUAUUUUUUUCUGGCUACGCGCCUUCUUCUCGCGUGACAUUUCCAACAUCUUUGGCACCAUCAAAAAGAUUGCGCUGCUGCGACUUUUCCUCGAAGGGCACACGGCUCCAGGGAGUGGGAAAGGAAAGGUUUAAAUCAAGUUCUAAGAAGACAUUUAUGGGAGCAAAAUGAUGUGAAGAAUACAAGGCAUAGCAAUGCGUCGCAAAUGCUUGCAUCUGCUCGAGGUGUGUGCCAUCCUGAGCCUCCUGCCGUCGGCCUCUCUGGCAGACCUGACAUGUGAAGCUCUGCUCAUGCUGUCGGGGAACGUCUCGUUGCAGACCCUGGUCGCCACCUGGAACCAAACCCUGAGCAAUGCCACGAGCCAGUGGAGCGGCUCAGGAAUCUACUGUGACACCUCCAUCGAUGGCAUUGGCACCUGCUGGCCCCGGAGCAGCGCCGGCCAGAUGGUGUCACGACCCUGUCCGGAGAUGUUUUACGGCGUCCGAUACAACACCACCAAUAAUGUUUACAGGAAAUGUCUCGCGAACGGGACGUGGGCGUUGAAGGGGAACUACUCCAUGUGCAAGGCCAUACUUCACGAGGAGAAAAAAGGCAAGAUGCACUACCAAAUAGCAGUGAUCAUAAACUUCCUGGGUCACUGCAUCUCCAUGGUGGCUCUGCUCAUAGCUUUCUUCCUCUUCUUGUGUUUGAGGAGCAUCCGCUGUCUGCGAAACAUCAUUCACUGGAACCUCAUCACCGCCUUCAUCCUGAGGAACGCCACCUGGUUCAUCGUCCAACUGACCAUGAGCCCCGAGGUGCAUGAAAGUAACGUGAUAUGGUGUCGCCUCGUCACAGCCUCCUUCAACUAUUUCCACUCAACAAAUUUCUUCUGGAUGUUCGGAGAGGGCUGCUACCUCCACACCGCCAUCGUCCUCACCUAUUCCACCGACAAGCUGCGCAAGUGGAUGUUCAUCUGCAUCGGCUGGUGUAUACCAUUCCCUAUAAUUGUAGCGUGGGCCAUUGGGAAGCUGUACUACGACAAUGAGAAGUGCUGGUUUGGGAAGCGAGCUGGCGUGUACACAGACUACAUCUACCAGGGUCCCAUGAUUCUUGUUUUAGUGAUCAAUUUCAUUUUCCUCUUCAACAUUGUGAGGAUCCUGAUGACCAAACUGCGAGCCUCCACGACAUCCGAGACAAUCCAGUACAGGAAAGCUGUGAAGGCCACUCUGGUCCUUCUUCCCCUCCUAGGAAUCACCUACAUGCUGUUUUUUGUCAACCCGGGGGAAGAUGAGAUCUCUCAGAUCGUCUUCAUAUAUUUCAAUUCAUUUUUGGAAUCCUUCCAGGGCUUCUUUGUGUCAGUAUUUUACUGCUUCCUGAACAGUGAGGUGCGCUCAGCUGUGAGGAAGCGCUUCCACCGAUGGCAGGAGCAGCACUCCAUCCGAGCCCGGAUGACCCAGGCCAUGUCCAUCCCCACUUCACCUUCACGGGUCAGCUUUCACAGCAUCAAGCAGUCCACGUCGCUAUGAGAGACGAAACCAACUCUGUCCUGGAUGCGUGCUUCGGGACAGAGCCUCCAGCUGUCAUUGUCAUCGUUUUGUGCCACAUCACUGGAGUACACUAAAACACUUUCCAAGACCAGGGCGAGGCUAGAGAGCGAGACAGAGACUGCAUCUGUCUCCUAAACCUCAGGAGGGACGUUUCACAGACUUUCAGGAGAAAAUGGGACUGGGGGGGGAAUGAACACUGCGGAGGUUAGUGGAUCAAAAGGCGACCGAGCGGAUUCUGUGACCCCGGAGUUUGGAUGUGAAUGUACAGCACUCCAUUUGUUUUUUACAUUUGCCCUCCGUAUUAUCUCGUAUUUCUGCUGGCACUCUGUAUUUUUGUUUUGCCAUCAUCGUCAUCAGUGGAGCUCGUGCUGCUGGACUGCACUGAACUGGCUUCCACUCCGGCGGAGAGCUCGCUCCAGGGCAUCAAGUUUUAUUUUUCGGGUUUUUAUCCUGCUGUCACGAAACACUUGUCUGGUCAUGGUGUUUGUUAAUUUGGUGUUGUGCUAUCUUCUUCCUCGUGCUGCUUUUUUCGCAACUUUCCAGAAAGGUUAAACACAUUCCAUAAUUCCUGCCUGAAGAGUUUUGUUCCAGAAUAACUUGUCCACCAGGCGCUUCUAUUAAAGUUGAGCACGUCCUCAGUUAGCUUCGAUUCAUGGAAUAAUUUGCGACUGAAAGGUGAUUAUUUAAGUUGGCAAAAAGAGUGGAAAUCAGGGUGACACAGCUAACCUUGCGAUCUUGAGUGUUUUAUUAUGAAGGAAUUAUCUGACAUACAGCAGCUCUUUCUCAAGACACAAACUGUCUUAUAUUAUUCACAUGCCUGCUAUGGCAUGUGCAAAUCACUCUAGGAUAAGGUUUAACUCUUUACUUUAUGGGCUAAAUGCUAACUGUGUAAGAGGUCAGUGGGUUUUUAGAACUUCCUCUUUAAUCAGCAGUAAAACUUAAAGGAAACAUUAAAGUUGCAGCCAAGAAAUGAGCUGUAAGAAAAAGUCUUGCUUCAUUUCAGAUUACCAUUAUUUUUUUCUCACACAAUGUACAAAAAAACUGAGAAGCAUUUGAAACUCCAGAGAAGGCUAGCAAGAGGAUUAUUUUAGUUUCUGGCACUCUGGUGAUGUGUACGUAAAAAAGUAAAUAAUUAUUCAUAUAGCAUUUCUACAGAUGCUGCAAAGUACAAGCAACAGUUUUAGAAGCGCAAGAUACGUUAAUGGGCGGGGUGGUUCCACAGUCUAUUGGGCCUCCAGGUAAAAAUGUGCACCUUAGAUAUAAGGAAAACUAAGCACAUUGCCACUUCUGUAGUUUAUAAUUCCCUAAGUUCAAAACUUAAACUGCAGCAGUGGGAAUGUAGUGUCGUUACAUGGCUUCCACUUAGGGAGAUCUUUUACUAUCAUUGAAAAUUCAUCAUGUCUCCACUACUGUAGUUUAGUGGAAGUUUCUUAGGGAGGUCUCUUUCUGUUGUUUAAAAUUUCAGCACAUUGUCACUGCUGUAGUUUAGAAUUUGUCUUUCCCCGUUAGGGCCCCUCACAAAGGUCCCAUGAUGUCAUUCAAAAUGUAGCACAUUGCUACUGCUGUAGUUUAGAAUUCGUCAUCUAGCAGAAGUUUCUUAGGGAAGUCUCCUACUGUCAUUGAAAAAUUUAGCCACUUCUGUAGUUUACGAUUUGUUGUAAACUACAGAAGAGGUUCCUGCUAUAUUUGAAAACUUAGAUUUUAAACUGCAGCAGUAGCAAUGUGCUGUCGUUAAGUGGCUUCUACUCAGGGAGAUCGUUUACUGUCUUUUAAAAUUCAUCACAUUUCCACUACUAUAGUUUAGUGGAAAUAGUGGAAGUUUCUUAGGGAGGUCCCAUACUGUCAUUAAAAACGUAGCACGUUGCUACUGCUGUAGUUUAUAAUUUAUCAUUUGGUGAAAGUUUCUUAGGGAAGUCUCUUACUGUCAUUGAAAAUGUAACACAAUGCCACUUCUGUAGUUUACGAUUGUCGUCAGACGACUGCCCCUUAGGGAGGUCCUUACUAUAGUUGAAAAUUAUACACAUUGCUACUGCUGUAGUUUUUGUAGUCAAUUAGCUUUUGCUUUGGGAGGUUUAUACUAAAAUUGAAAAUUUGGCGCCACUUCUGUAGUUUAAAGUUUGUUGUCAGGUGGGGGACCCUUGGUUGAGUCUAUCAUUGAAAACUUAGUACAUUGCCACUGCUGCAAGUUUGUGAGUCCUUGGGUGCCCCCUUCUGGCCUGGUGCCCAAAGCAGUCGCCCCUGGUUAAAAGGGGUUUUGGAACAAAACUCUUUAGUUGAAUAAAGAGACUUAUUAUCGCUGCCUCUCUACCUGCAAGCCACAAAAGGAGGAUUUGUACAAUCAAGGAAGUUGUUUUUCCUUCUCCUCCGUACCAUGUGACUUUCUGCAGGUGGCUUUAACUGUAAAUAUAUAUAUAACAAACAGAGCAGAAGUUGUCAGCAAAUCUAAACCAAAAAUAAAACCACACGAAAACCACACACUGUAAAUCAUAUGGGCACAUUUAACUAUGUGAUCAGCAGCUCACAGUCCACAUUCCUACUAAACCAGUUUGCCUAGCAUUUGUGCAUUUUAUGUCAACUGCUGUUUAUAUUCAGUUGUAUAUGGACCUUCACUUUCUGUCGCCCUAUAAUUUUAAUAUAUAUUUUUUUAUUAUUAUUAUUCCUUGCAGGUGAUGUGUGAGCUCUGGUUGUGCUGAAAUGUCAAGUUAUUAUAAAAGUAGUCGAUUAUCACAUGCCAUUAAGAUGUAGCUGCUUUCAGCUUGAUUUGAGCUUUUUGGGGGUAAAACAAACAAACAAAAAAAUCUAAUUAAAUCAGAAAGAUGUAUAUUUAUCAUGCACUUUUUUUUUGUCAUGUAAAGGAGUAAGAGUUCCUUCCUUCAUAGUCACAUGGUACAUGAUGGUCGAUCCAAAUCACAAUCUGAGUCACCAUAUUAUUUAUUGCUAUUUAUUUUCUCCAUUUUCAUACUUGAAAAGAUGAGACGAGCUAAUAAAAAUUGUGUGUUGCAUUUGA